UUGCCUCCUCCCAUCUGUGUCUAAAAGGCGGACUUGAGACACUCUAAGCGCACUUUACUCUCAAGCUUUUAUCGCACGAGUGCUGCGACUGCCAUGAACUUCCCAGACUACGAUGAAAACACCGCGUUCCUGGGAGACUGGGGACCUUUUCAAAGGACGGUGUUUAUUCUUUUGUGUUUGAGCAUUAUUCCGAAUGGCUUCACGGGUUUAUCCAUGGUUUUCAUUGGCGAUACACCCGCUCAUCGCUGUCUCAUUCCCGCAGCUCUGAACAUCACGGCUGAAUGGAGAAACGCGUCUAUUCCUCUGGAUGAGGAGGAUGAGAACGAAGAUUCUCGACUCAGCAAGUGUUCAAGACACCGAAUGGACAUCGUGAAAAGCUAUUCGGACCGAGGUUUGCUCCCGUGGGUGGAUGUGAAUGUCUCGGCUAUUCCCCGAGAAGGCUGCGUGGACGGCUGGGAGUAUGAUAAUGGGACAUACAUCUCCACGAUUGUUUCAGAGUGGGAUCUGGUGUGUUCAGAUGACUGGAGGGCUCCGCUGACCUCCUCACUCUUCUUCUGUGGUGUUUUGACUGGCUCUGUGAUCUCUGGACAGAUGUCUGACAGGUUUGGCAGGAAAAUAGUGCUGUUUGUUACCAUGGGGAUUCAGACAGUAUUCACCUUCAUCCAAGUCUUCUCCCCAUCUUGGUUGAUUUUUUGUUUGUUGUUUUUCAUUGUUGGAAUGGGCCAAAUCUCAAACUACGUGGCAGCAUUUGUGUUAGGAAUGGAAAUACUGAGCCCCUCCAUUCGUGACCUCUUCUCCACUCUUGGCGUGUGUCUGUUCUUUUCUAUCGGGUACAUGAUGCUUCCACUGGCUGCCUACUUCUUGCGAGACUGGAGAAUGCUGCUGCUGGCCCUCACCAUCCCUGGCUUCUUCUACGUACCCCUCUGGUGGUUUAUUCCAGAGUCUCCGCGAUGGCUGGUGUCUCAGGGGAGAGUGGACGAGGCCGAGGUCAUUCUGAGAAAGGCUGCCUGGAUGAAUGGGGUUGAGGCCCCUGACGUCAUUUUCCCCCCAAUUCUGUCGAGGGAAAAUGCUGGAAGGUUGCAGAGCUACAGUCUCUUUGACCUGCUGAAGUCCACUAACAUCCGCUAUAUAACCGUCCUGCUGUUCCUGGUCUGGUCAGCUGUUUCAAUUGGAUACUGUGCCUUGUCUCUGAACACGUCCAAUAUGCAUGGAAACAUCCACCUGAACUGCUUCUUAUCAGCAGUUGUGGAAGUACCUGCUCUCAUCAUGGCUUGGCUGAUGCUCCGCCACUGGCCAAGGCGCCUCAGCUUGUCCUCCACCCUGUCAUUAGGAGGGCUGGUUCUUCUCUUCAUACACCUCAUUCCACAACAUAUGAGUUCUGUUGCCAUUUCACUGGUGAUGCUGGGAAAGUUUGGUCUGUCUGCAGCGUUCGCAAUCAUAUACCCUGCUACCGCGGAGCUUUACCCCACUGUACUGAGGAACACCGCUUUAGGAGCCUGCUCAAUGGCAUCCAGAGUCGGCAGCAUAUCAGCACCAUAUUUCAUCUACUUGGGAGGCUAUUACAGAUCUUUGCCAUACAUCUUAACCGGCAGUCUGAAUGUCCUCUCCGGGUUACUCAGUAUUCUGCUUCCAGAGAGUUUUGGAUCACCAUUACCAGAGACUAUUAGUCACAUGCAGACAGCUGGGUUCAGAAAAAGACAUUACAGUCCAACUGACAGAAAAUGUGAAGACGAGCAUGAGUCUGACCACUUGUAAUGGACUAUAGAGAGAUUUAAAAAUUUUUAAAAGUAUGUAAGAUUUAACCCUUCACAUCUGCCUAAUGGUUAGAAAGUCGGACUUGUAACCCAAAGGUCACAGGUUCGAGUCUCAGGUCCGACAGGGAUUGUAGGUGGGGGUAGUGAAUAACCAGCGCUCUCUUCCACCUUCAAUACCACAACUGAGGUGAGACCCUUGAGCAAGAUCAGAACCACCAACUGCUCCCCAGUGACUGCCCACUACUCCGGGUGUGUGUGUUCACUGCUGUGUGUGUGCACUUGGAUGGGUUAAAUGCAAAGCACAAAUUCCGAGUAUGGGUCACCAUACUUGGCCACAUGUCACAUCACUUUCACUUCACAUUCAAGGCUGGAUCUGUCUUGCCAUUUGAGGGUUACAUUACAAUGUAAUGCUGCUUUUUGGUUCUCAGUGUAACAAAGGCACACAUUUUAAUAUCUUUUGUAAUAACUUUUUUAAUGUAAAACUUGAUAAAGUUUAAUUAGGACAAAGACCAUGUACAAUAUGUAAUAAAUUUUGGCUGUUGGCACCUGUCAGAUAUUCUCUUUCUCUCUCUCUCUCUCUCUCUCUCUCUCUCAGUAUGAGCUGUUAUUGAGUGGAACAACAUGGUGAAAAUUAAAUUAGGGAGCUAUAUAGAAAUAAAGUAGAAUUUAUUGCAAAGGUUUUUUUUUUACCAUGUUCAAGUUUAUGUCUAAGGAUAAUAACAUUUCCACUUAUAAUACAUUUUCUUAUACUUAUAAUAAAUACAUUUAUUGAAAAGCUAUCAAGAAAUGCAGGUUUAUUAAGUUGGUAACACUUUAUUUUAAGGUCUCUUAACUAGUUGCUAAUUAGCAUGCAUAUUAAUAUAAUAUUAGCCAUUUAUUAGUAGUAAUUAAGCACAUAUUAAUGGCUUAUUCUACAUGACCUUAUUCUACAUCCCUAAUCCUACCCAAUACCUAAACUUAACAACUACCUUACUAACUAUUAAUAAGUAGCCAAUUAGAAAUUUAUUGAGGGAAAAGUCGUAGUUAAUUAGUUAAAUAAGUGUUCCCUAUUCUAAAGCGUUACCAUUAAGUUUAUUUAAUUUGUUCAAAAUUUGCAUAAAUAUUCUCAAUCUUACGCCUACAAUGCUGAUUUUUUUUCAACAACAACAAAAAAAAAUCACAUUGAUAAUUACAAAUCACAAUAAUCAAUAUAUAUAAAAUGACAAAAUUUGAUAAACUGAGCAGCUUUCAUUCAUGGAUAUUGUUGGUUGUUUAACAUUUUCUAUUCUAAAAACAGUUGUCAGAUAUUAAAUAUUUAAAUAACAUUAUAUCACAAACUCUUUGACUGUUAAAACUGAAGUGUCAUGCUGGCUAUUUAUUUAUGUUUGGCUUCUUGGAACAGUUAAACUCUUUUUUUUUUUUUUUUUAUUUAAUGGGUUAUUUUGAUCAUUUUGAUGUUACUGAACACUGUUACAUCUGAGGCAGAUACACCUUUGUCAACAAAAUACAGAGAAAGUUCCUGAAGAUUGGAAUUAUUGAGUGAGUUUUUUUGAUAUUUAGUUUUCCCUUGUACUUUAUCAUUGUAAUUAUUUACCCAGACUGUAUAUCUGCUUUUUUUUUUUUUUUUUUUUACAGUACUGAAACAUCUAACCAAUAGAAAGUUCAUGUUGAGUUGGAAUGUCGUGAGCCAAUCAGGAUUUAUUUUCAUUAAUGAGCACUGUUGAAGGCGGGACUCAGAGCCUGAGCAGUUAAAUGGCUCACUUUGAGGCUGCAUCUGAAAAUUUAGGCAGCUGACUUGCUGCCUUAUUGCAGUCAAAGAGAGACUCCGGAGACGUCAAGCCGGACACUUUCUGCUCCCGGUAGUGAUGCUCUCACAGUGUUUGAACUUAUCACAGAUAAAGUGAAUUAAAUGCAGUAUUUGUCAAAUACACAGAAACGUUUUUUAUGAGUGUCACGUGUCUACCUGUCUGAAGUCCCCGUUCUCCUUAUUUGGUUUAGUUCCGUUUCUCAUUUGUUAAUUAUCAUUCAUUGUCCCCACCUGAGUUGAAUUACGUUGUUUGCUCUAUUGUUCCCGUUCUUAUAAAAGUCCUCAGUUCUCCCUUUUGCAUUUGUCCGACCUUGAGUUAAAAUAAAUGGGAAAAGUGA